UGUUUUGUCUCUCAGAUUUCUCACUGUUUUUUUGUACAUCAAACAAAAGGACAAAACAAAACACUGCUUUUAUUCUUGGAAAUAAAAGUGUUAUAACAAAAUGGGUUUUUAUCAUGUUUUGAAAAUGAAAUUUUAGAAAGCAAAAUUUAAAAAGGGGAAAGUUUUAGCAGAAGAAAAUGGAGGACGAUGUGAGAUGGUGUUUGGAAUUUCUUGGUGGAAAAUCAAGUGUAGACAUCAGUGAAGUUAAUAAACGGUUUCUUAGAAUGUCAGUCUCCGACAAUUGUUCUCGCUUGAAGAAGACCAUCCUCCUCCAAACCCUACAAGACGAGUUGUACUCGAAAGCUUCUACCUCAGAAUGGAUGCUCGAAGCUCUCGAGGUAAUGGAAACUUUACUUCUUUCUGAAGACUCUUGUUCGAAUCAAAUCACCGCCACCAUGAAAGACGCUUAUUGCGCCAUUGCAGUUGAGUGUACUAUCAAAUACCUUGAAGUUGAAACGUGCAACCCUGCUUACCGUCAAGCUGUGGAGAGAAUAUGGAAGGGUAGGGUUCAGAAAAUGGAGCCAUCUUCUGAACGUGAAGGAAGUUUUUUGUUUUCACCUGAAUUGAAACGCUGGAAAACUAUUAUUGUGGUUUCCCUUUUGAACCCUACGUACGUCGACAUGUUUGCUUCUAUCACACAUCCUCGAAGGGAUGCCCUAAAAAAGUUGAAACUUUAUUUGGAUGAAGCUUUGCAAAACCUAGCUCUUUCUAGGAAUCAUCAAACAGAAAUUCAGAAAGACAACGAGACAUCGCUUAAAGGCAAGGUUACUACUACUGGCAUUGAUGAUGCUAAUCUUACAAAGACAGUUACUGUAUAUGAUGUUUGUGACUCUAGCUUCAGGGAACCAAAUAGGGCUGCUCGUACUCAUAAGGGAGGAACAUCUAAUAAAACUAGAAUUACAUUGAUUAGUCCGAAGAAGGUGAAAAUUUCUCCGCUGAAGAAAUACGAACCAAAAAAGAUCUUUAGAAGAAGAAAACCGAAAAGGUGGAGUGAAUUGGAAGAAGAGACGCUGAGAACUGCCGUACGCAAAUUAGGCGAAGGAAAUUGGACAGCAAUCCUGAAUACUUAUACAUUUGAUAACAGAACUGGGGUUGAUCUCAAGGAUAAGUGGAGAAAUAUGGAGCGCUCUGGACGCCAAUGAAUAGUUAAGACGUGCAUAUCUUCUUUUUUGCAGAUCAUUUCACUAUAUUUUAGUAUUCAUUGUAGAUAACUGGAUAUUAGACCUACACACAUGGCAUUUCUGGACUUGUGUCCGGAAUAUUAUUGUAUAGCAUUAACACUUUAGUACUCAUUGUUGAUAUUACACCUACACAAAUGAGAUAUAUGGAUUUGUCUCCAUAAUGUUAUUAUAUAGCAUUAACACAGUAUUCAUUGUGGAUAUUUCAACAAAA